AUGAUCUAUUUGAUUUUUUGAAAAAUAACAAAGGGAAACUGUGGAUAUAUCUGUAUAAAUCAUUCUAAUAAAUUAAACUUAGAAAAAGAAUAUUUUAAUUUUAUUGUUUAUUUCUCUCAUUAUUUUGUCCUAUUUUCAGAAAAUGGAUAAAGAGGUUAAAUUUGAGAAACAGGAAAGUGCUUUUGAUGACAGUUGGAUUGGAGCUGCACGUAGUGAUACAGCUACUCAGCAGAUCAAGAUCGAGAAGCAGGAGGAUGAAUUUGGAGAAUGUGAAUUAGCAACUAGCAGCAUCAAAGAUGAGUCAUCCUCGCACAUUGGUUCAACUUCCAAUCAGAUGGCGAGAGUUAAGCAGGAGAAUGAUAGCAGCCAAGAACCAGCGCCAGAGUGCAGCACUGCAUGCUCUCCAACUGAUGAUGAUUUCAGCCAACAACAUUAUCUAAUCCCUGGCUAUAAUCUAAUAUUCAUCAAAGAGGAAGAAUAUGUUGAGCAAGAGGCAGAAGGAUGUUCAGUGGAGAGUGAACCGGAGAUGUGGCCUUCAAACUGCAGCACAUCUGAAACUGCCAAUGCAACAGAAGUGGGUGGACUGAAUGCACAUUCAAUCUCUCCCAUGGAAGAGUGCACUGAGCCAUCUGUGGCUGGCAAAAAGAUCAAGCUCUACAGCUGUGCUGACUGCAGCUAUAAAACUCCAUCGAUCACUCAUUGGAAGAGACACAUGAGAAAACACACUGGGGAAAAGCCUUUCAGUUAUGAGUAUUGUGACUAUAAAUUUACUCAAUCUGGUACUUUGAAUGAACAUAUCAGAACACAUACAGGAGAAAGACCUUUCAGCUGCGAGUAUUGUGGCUAUAAAUGUGCUCGAUCAAGUACUUUGAAAUCACAUAUCAGAACACAUACAGGAGAAACACCUUUCAGCUGCGAGUAUUGUGGCUAUAAAUGUGCUCGAUCAAGUGCUUUGAAAUCACAUAUCAGAACACAUACAGGAGAAACACCUUUCAGCUGCAAGUAUUGUCACUAUAAAUGUGCUCGAUCAAGUGAUUUGAAAAAACAUAUUAGAAUACAUACAGGAGAAACACCUUUCAGCUGCAAUUAUUGUCACUAUAAAUGUGCUCGAUCAAGUGAUUUGAAAAAACAUAUUAGAACACAUACAGGAGAAACACCUUUCAGCUGCGAGUAUUGUGACUAUAAAUGUGCUCAAUCUGGUGAUUUGAAGAGACAUAUCAGAACACAUACAGGAGAAACACCUUUCAGCUGCGAGUAUUGUGACUAUAAAUGUGCUCGAUCAAAUGAUUUGAAGGAACAUAUCAAAACACAUACUGGAGAAACACCUUUCAGCUGCGAGUAUUGUGACUAUAAAUGUGCUCGAUCAAGUGCUUUGAAAAAACAUACUAGAACACAUACAGGAGAAAGACCUUUCAGCUGCGAGUAUUGUGACUAUAAAUGUGCUCAAUCUGGUGUUUUGAAGAGACAUAUCAGAACACAUACAGGAGAAACACCUUUCAGCUGCGAGUAUUGUGACUAUAAAUGUGCUCGAUCAAAUAAUUUGAAAAGACAUAUAAGAACAUAUCAUAAAGAAGAAACAACCACCAGCUGAAAAUUUGUGACUUUACAUGUGCUCAUUUAAAUUUAUUUUACUGUGUUUCCUAGUAAGGUGGUCACUAAUAACAGGACAAGUGUGUUGAACAUGUGUGUGCACACAAAUGUCGUCCAUACAUUGUUGUUUCAUCACAGCUAAAGGCUUCAAACAACAUUUUUUGAGGUACUGAGUAAGUAUCGGCUCACACCUCCCCACUCCUCUAUUUAAAUUGCCAGGGUUGCCCUGGACUGGCGUCUGUGGAGGGGCGGAGUGGGGGAUGCUGCUCACAGUUUGGUGUGUGCCGGCGGGUGGUUGGGGACGGCUGGGCUCCUCGCGGUGUUGGGUGUCCUCCACAUACACCACAGUUGUCAUGUCACAACACUGAAAUUCUCUCCUUUCUGGGAGGUGAUAGGCCAUGCUUUUUCACUACCUGGUGGGAGGGGAGUCGCUAGGAGUGGUGGGAGAGUAGUGGCAGUCAUCACCGUCGUUGUAGUGCAUGGCAACAGGUCAAAACUUGUCAGAAAUGGUCUCCUAGUGUCUUCCAGGCGAGCCUUUGUCACUGACUCCGGUCUGCCUCCAGAUCAAGUGGUGUUCGGUUCGUCCUCUUAGUGACCCCUACCGGUCACCAAAGGUCACCUGACCUCCUUUUUUUCUUUAGAUAAAUGAAAACUUAAACUCAAAUAGUGCAGCAAAGAAAAAUAAACAACAUAAAUUUGGAGAUGCAAAAACCUAACGUCAACAAAUUUUGCUGGAAGCCUUUUGCUGUGAUGACACAACAAUCUAUGACAAUAUGUGUAUUAUGCAUGUCUCACCGUUAGUGGUCAGCCUUAUGAAAUCAACCUCGCACUUUCCAUUACCUACUCACAAGCAUUACCUGGUCACAUGGUCAUCAUCCACAAUAAAAUUAUCAAGUCAUUUGAUAAAAUAUUUGAUAUUUUUUAUGAUAUUUUAAUGAUAUUUUUUCCCCACCAUCAACUCAACGUCAUGCAGCUUGAUCCUCUGCUCCUCCCUCAUUAGCUCUCCUAUGGUGAGGUCCACGUUAUAAUGGCAGUAUUUGAUUAACAUUGGUGUUGCUUUCCUUGUCUAUCAUACUUCGUAGCAGAAAGCUCUAUCCUUUUCUAGUUCUGCAACAUUUCCAGAUCCUUUUCCAACCAUGUAGAUUUAUACUCAACAAAACAUUCAAUCUCAAUAAUUAUGAAAAUUUAGUAUUUAAUCUUUGGCAAAUAUAUUUUCAUGAGGAAUAAAAUAUAAGUCAUCACUCUCAACAAGAUUUUCAUGUUAAUUUUAAAUCAGAUAUAUCAGUAGCAGAUAUCCUCCAUAGAAGACAGUGACAAGGCAGAGAAUUGGCAACGCUAUUCAACUAUCUUUCUCCACUGCCAUUAUAACAUGAACCUCACUAUAGUCAUAGUCAGCCUUAACCUGGCUUCACCAUCCUUGCCGAGGUCUAGAAACACUUGUGGAGCUCUCACUUUCAGUAGAUUUCUGUAUAUGAUAGUGUCCUUGGUGAAACCCUGCUCCAUGCUAUAGAGAUGAAUUCUCUUAAUUUAAGAAAUUAGUCUUGAUUUACUGGGUAAUGUGUAGGUAUUAAUAUAAUUAUGUGAAUCUACAACAUUUUUUAAUUAAUAAUUUAUUGGCAUGGAAACAAAUACAUGACAUUGAUGUUCAUACAUUCAAAAUAUUACAAAAACUUUAAUAAACACCAGGAUUGAAAAAGACAUCACUAGCCAGUCAGUAUUCAACUUUUUCAUCAAAUGAAUUCAGACUGGGUAUUUCUUAUAUCAUAUGGAAGCAGAUAACUCACCGAACGUAGUGAGGUCUAUGCUUUAACUCUGAUUUUCUUUUGUCUGUCUGUAUGUAACGCGAUUACGGCCAAACGCGUUGAUAGAAUUCGAUGAGAUUUGGCAGGAAUAUUCCUUUUUCAACUGGGCGUCGAUGUAUACACAUGGUUUUUUGAAAUGUUAAUGAUAAUAUGGAAAGAAAAGGAAUUCCUCCAUACUCUGAUAUCACUAUAUAUCAUCUACUUUGAAGAUAGGAUUAAUCAGACUAUAGAAUUAUUCAUAAUCAAUCAGCUGAAAGUGGAUUAUUCAUUGCAUGCAUUAGACAGAGGUCUGGCCGUGCCUAUUUCUGUAAGGUAGGGUUUCAAUAUUUUUUAUGAUGCUUGCCCAUCAGUAUCAAUAUUCCCACAUUUGAAAAAAAAUUAAUAGGUGAUUGAAAAUAAAAUAAAAAAUGAUUCAAUGAACUAAAUAAUGCUGGAGAAAUUAUAAUAUUCUUGAUUGAAACAAAUUAAUUUUAAAAAUUAGUUGUGAAAGAUUUUUAUCAGAUGGAAAGAUUACCACGGAACUAGAUAGAUUAUCAUAUGGGAUACAAAUUCAAAGGUGAACUGAGUUCAUUAACAUAAGUGAGUUUUUGAUCUUGAAGAAAACAACUAACUGUUUUUAAGAGUAAAUUAUAAUUCAACUGAGUCAAAUAGAACAGGUGACAUCAGAUACUUGUGGAUGAGAAAACUGCGUGAGGUCUACUACAACGGCAAUCUGAGAAUGAAUAAACAAGAUAUACUUACUAAUGUAAAUUAAUGAAAAUUUUAAUAAUUUUGAUAAAGAUUAGUGAUUUUUAUUUCUAAAUGAAUAUAAAUUAAGUUUAUUGAUGUUGUUGUAGAGAGCAUUUGCAAUAAAUUUUAGUUAUUCAAUAACUGAGCUGUUUUAUACAGGGUGU